AACGGCCGUAUAACGUAGAGAAAGUCAGUCCCGACGUUGGCGCCGCAACAGACGUAAGUGCUAUAGGACGCGCCUCCUUGUAAAACCGCCCUUUCUUCUCCCACCCUCUCUCGCUUCCGGUACCAUCCGCGGCGUAUUCCGCUAACAAUCGCGCGAGGGAUCUGCAUAAACGAGAGAGAAAGCGAGGGAAAAAAAAAAGUCAACGGAAGGGGAUCGCCGAUAAAUAUAUAUCGUUCUCUCGCGAGGGACAUAAGUAUAAAUCAAAGAAGAAAAGAUCUUGAGACCGGAGAAAAGAUUUUUGUUUUUCAACAGUGAGGGAUCGAUGAUCGAUCCUCCUUGAGUGAAGCGAUCAAGGGUUACCGAGCGGGUCGUAGUGCCUUUUUUUUUCGUUUUUCGCGGGCCAUCACUCCCGGUCCCGCCCCUAACCGGGUGGCUCCAUCAGUCCGAUCUCCCGCCAGGUCUCGCGGAGAAGACCGUUCCAAAGUGGCCGGGUGACCGCUGUUUUCCUGCUUCCCGCGGGUGCAUCGUAUAUCCUUCUCGCAGACAACCCCGGCCGCAGCAUGCUUUCGUCCUCGAGGGCUUUCCCGCCGAUUCUCGCCGUGGCGCUCGUCGUCUGCAUCGGUGCCGUACAUGGUAUUAGAUGUUAUAGAUGUGGACAGUACAACGAGGGAGUCGGCAGUAUUACACCGUGCAUUAAUUACACCGCACAGAUGCUGAUGGAAUGCUCAUCCACGGACGAUUGGUGCAUCAAAUACGUCAGCGAAGGAUCAACGGUACGGGACUGCGUGCAGCAGUGCGUGGAGAAGGAGGCCUGGAGCACGAGAACGUAUUGCUGCCAGCAGGACGGCUGCAAUUCCGGGCCGUCGUUGACAGCGUCGAGCAGCGCGUACUUCGUCCUGGCGAUCUCGCUGGCGGUCCUCUUGGUGUGCCGAAGCCUCCGUGGCUAAUACGUCGUCCCGUAAGACGGAGGAUCCGCGCCACACGAGCGUCACACGGAGCCACAAUAGGUCCUUCAAUCACACAAACUUGCACGGGGGGGCGUACUUGAGGGGUGUUGAGAGUUGCACUUUGCGUCUCAAACGUUUGCGCCGAACGAUCGAGGCUUCCUACGGUAGCGGAUCUCGCGGAGACGUUGAUAGUCGUCCUUUUCGAUCUUUCGAUUUUCUCCAAAAAUCGGAUUACGUUCCACGUUUUUUUUUUAUUUUUUGAUCGCACAUUUCUCUGAAUGCGUGCUCUCUUCUUCCCGAUAUCCGUUUGAUUUUGAGCGUUCAAUUAAAUUCAACGUUUACGAGAAUUGAAGUCCAGGGAGUGUUGCAUACCGAUAUGAAAAAAAUUCCGCUGAUUUUAUCAGAUUUGCACAACAGUUAUCAGUUGGUUGUGGAAAUAUGCCUCGUACACCUGUUGCUUUUGUCAAUUCGCAGAUUGUUCGAUUUUUUUAUUGUUAUUUGGAUAAGCGCUGGUACAAUGUUUCGUAAGUUGAUGUCUUUCAUAAAAACUUUAUACCUAUAUAUUAUUCCUAUUAUCCGAGUAUGACACUCAAAUAUUUACUCUUUGAACUUCUCGAUAUUUAUUAUACAUUCAUUCAAAACUCUUUUUCUUUAGAAUGUCCUUUUUACAUCGUAACUAAAUACCGUAAGAUAUCGAAAAAUCACAACAUAGAGAAAAAAAUAUAAUUAUUUUGUUUCCUAAAAAUUCAAUUUUUC